AUGGUCAACUUUGCUCUUUCCGCUCUAGUUGCUGUGGCUCUGGCCCAGCUCACUGGAGCCACCCCAGUUUCCACCCAGUCCGACGCUAUCGAGAUAUUCUCCUUCUCUAAAUGGGUUGACGGCAUUAUCGCCAACCCUAGCGGAGACAAUUUAACUCCCGAGGAGGCUGUUGAAGCCUGGCACGCGUCUCUUAACGAAACGAGCGCGGCACCAACCGGAGAAAACCUUCUUCAGAAACGCUACACUUGUAAUACUAUUCCCGAUACUGAGGCUUACGUCCCUGAUGCUGUGGCCUGUAUCAACGACCUCGCUCGUAAGGGUAGCCAGGAGUGCAGAGUCGACGCCGUCAGCAUAUUUUGCGUCAUUGGUCGCGCCCAAAUCACCGGAGUUAAGGGUGGCACCAACAACCAGUAUACUUCUUCGACUUGCAACGACGUCGCACGGGGUGCUGGUUACGUGAUGGACCAUUGCACUCGCGCGGAUAACACAGUUCAGGGUGCAGAAUUCGCCUACGGUAACGGCAACCUGCUUGUCUGGAUCCGCCGUCCCUAG